CCGGGAUCUGUCAGCCGCUCCCUCUGGGCUUCCGUCCUCCGCCCGCGCCCGCCGGAGCCUGUUCGCGUCGACUGCCCAGAGUCCGCGAAUCCUCCGCUCCGAGCUCGUCCGGACUCCCCCGAUCCCAGCUUUCUCUCCUUUGAAAACACUAAGAAUAAUGUCACUGCAUCAGUUUUUACUAGAGCCAAUCACCUGUCAUGCCUGGAACAGGGAUCGUACUCAAAUUGCCCUCAGUCCCAAUAAUCACGAAGUGCACAUCUACAAGAAGAACGGAAGCCAGUGGGUGAAAGCUCAUGAACUCAAGGAGCACAAUGGACAUAUCACAGGUAUUGACUGGGCUCCCAAGAGCGACCGCAUCGUCACUUGUGGAGCAGACCGCAAUGCCUAUGUCUGGAGUCAGAAAGAUGGUGUCUGGAAGCCAACCCUGGUGAUCCUGAGAAUUAAUCGCGCAGCUACUUUUGUGAAGUGGUCCCCCCUAGAGAACAAAUUUGCUGUGGGAAGUGGAGCACGACUCAUUUCUGUUUGUUACUUUGAGUCUGAAAAUGACUGGUGGGUGAGCAAGCACAUUAAAAAGCCGAUUCGCUCCACAGUCCUCAGCUUGGAUUGGCAUCCCAACAACGUUUUGCUGGCAGCAGGAUCAUGUGACUUCAAAUGCAGAGUAUUUUCUGCCUACAUUAAAGAAGUGGAUGAAAAGCCAGCCAGCACGCCCUGGGGCAGCAAGAUGCCUUUUGGGCAGCUGAUGUCAGAGUUUGGUGGCAGUGGCACUGGUGGCUGGGUCCACGGGGUCAGCUUCUCUGCCAGUGGGAGCCGCCUGGCCUGGGUCAGCCACGACAGCACCGUGUCUGUUGCUGAUGCCUCAAAAAGUGUGCAGGUCUCAACUCUGAAGACGGAGUUCCUGCCACUCCUGAGUGUGUCAUUUGUCUCAGAGAACAGCGUUGUGGCUGCUGGCCAUGACUGCUGCCCAAUGCUCUUCAACUACGAUGACCGCGGCUGCCUGACCUUCGUCUCCAAGUUAGACAUUCCAAAACAGAGCAUCCAGCGCAACAUGUCUGCCAUGGAACGCUUCCGCAACAUGGACAAGAGAGCCACGACUGAGGACCGCAACACAGCCUUGGAGACGCUGCACCAGAAUAGCAUCACCUCACAGGUUGUACAGGAAUAGGCGGUGUGUACCAUAGUUUGCCAUCCCCUUCCCAGCGUCGGGGAAGAGGAGGGUAAGUUCUAGACAUUUCAGAGGAGAAAGAAAAAUAUUGUCUGAGCAAUGGAUGAUUGUCUUGAAAGCUUUCCAGAUAAUUAGGCUAAGACAAGUUGUUUCAUUUAUCUGUUCCCCUGCUUGGCUUGGUUGGAGUCUGGGGGUAUGUCUGCUGCUAACAUUUAUAAUGAUUCAUUUCAAACUCACAGAGGGCUGUUGGCUUAUCUGCACUGGCUGUCUUGGAGGCUGAUUUGAGAGGUUUUGUUUGGAGUCAGUUGGAUUUCAGUCACGCUUCAUCAUGCCUCUGGUUUAUUUAAAAACAAACAAAAACAUUGUUUUCGCCAUGGCUGUGGUGCUGCCCACAACCUGCUCCCAGCAUUUGAGUGCUGUGUGGGCUGCGUCAUUCCUGCUUCCCCAGGUCACUCUAACUAAGGCAGGUUCUUAACUUCUCCCCUUUCCAGUUUUGUCUUUCCUGGACAUCUGGUAAUAAAAUGUUUUGGGGUAUUUUCUGAGCCAGAUUGUUGCAGCCUAAUGUUCGUGGACAAGUUCAUAAUCAGGAGUUAAAAGAUAAUUCAUGGCCGGGCGCGGUGGCUCAAGCCUGUAAUCCCAGCACUUUGGGAGGCCGAGACGGGCGGAUCACGAGGUCAGGAGAUCG